GAGCGCGCGCGGAUACAGCUUAGCUGGGAAGGCGGGAACGCGCAGAGCAUCGGGGGCGCGCACUCCUCCUCCCGGGUCAGCCCUCAAGAUGGCCGGGAUCCCUUUGUAUUUCGUGGACUUGCAGGACGAUCUUGAUGACUUUGGAUUUGAAGAUUAUGGACCAGACUGUGAAAGUAUGAGGAUAACGGCUUUCUUGGAUAUCCCAGGACAAGACAAUCUUACACCACUGGCACGACUGGAAAAAUAUGCCUUCAGUGAUAAUAUAUUUAAUAGACAGAUCAUUGCCCGCGGUUUGCUCGAUGUGCUAAGAGAUUUUAGCAGCAAUGAGGAAGACUUUCUCACCGUGAUGGAAAUCGUUGUGCGUCUCUCCGAAGAUACAGAGCCCACGGUACGGACAGAGUUAAUCGAGCAGAUUCCUCAGAUUACCAUCUUCUUGCAGGAAAGUCGUCCUCAUUUCCCAAGGGCAUUUUCAGAAUACCUCAUGCCCAUUCUUGUUCGCUACCUCACCGACCCAAACAAUCAGGUGAGGAAGGUCAGUCAGGAAGCGUUGUUAAUUCUUCUGGAGCAAGACCUGAUUGAUCAGAGUGAUCUCGAAAACAAGGUUUGCCCAAUUCUACUAGACCUGUCUGCUCCCGAAAACGAUGAUGAAUACAAGGUGGAGGCUGUGAAUAUUAUUUGUAAAAUGAUUUCCAUGUUGGGAAAGCAGACUGUGGAACAGAUGUUACUGCCACGAUUCUGUGAUCUCUGCAGCGAUAGCAAGCUCUUUCAAGUUCGGAAGGUGUGUGCAGCUAAUUUUGGAGACGUGUGCAAUGCAGUCGGACAGGAAGCUACUGAGAAAUUCUUGAUUCCUAAAUUCCUGGAGCUGUGCUCUGACAGUGCGUGGGGAAUGCGCAAGGUUUGUGCAGAAUGCUUCAUGUCCGUGUCCUAUACGACAUCCAGCGAGGUCAGGCGCACAAAACUGUCACCGCUUUUUAUAACACUAAUCAGUGACCCCUGCCGAUGGGUACGUCAGACUGCGUUCCAAUCUCUGGGUCCAUUUAUAUCCACGUUUGCAAACCCAUCCAGUGCUGGUCUGUAUGUGAAAGAGGAUGGGACCCUCAGUAUCCGAUCCCCUGCAGAUGAUGCCAACCACUUUUAUUCCAGAAUCAGCAAUGAAAAAAUGAACACAACAUCGACUUCAGAUAUGUCCUGCAAUGCCAGCAGCAACUGCAAAGUACAGAAAUGUCCUGUAGAGUGCACUGGAGAAACACGUACUAUUGUCUCACUGGAAGCUACUUUGAGCCAUUGUAAGAAAGCACACGGUAGCCAUGCGACAGACGAGCCUCGUCCAGCAGACCUGUUUAACUCCUUCUUGUACUGGCGAAGUCCUCUGCCAGAUAUCAGUGAGGAGCUUGAACUGCUUCCUGUAGAACAAGCCAACGCAGACAGUAAACGCGAAUUGAAAGCCGUCUCGGUAUGCAAUACGUACAUGGCCAGCAGUGACAUCCAAAUGGUGAUCCAGAGCUUGCAGGGACAUUUAGACGAUCCGGACGUUCAAGCUCAGGUCCAGGUCCUGUCCGCUGCUCUCAGAGCCGCAGAGUUGGACUCCGACUCUCAGGAUGAGAUGCCUAGCACCCAAGAUGACAGCACGUCCCCACAAGAGGAAUACUGCCCAGAAUGUCCGGCAGAGCUGCUCAGCCUCUCCCAAAGCACAGGCUUGUUAUAUGAACCACAACAGGAAGAUCAAAGCACAGACAGCUUGUCAGAAGAUGAUAAGGCUAAAGUUCAAGAUGUGGUGCCUCAGCCUUUGUUAGAUCAGUAUUUGUCGAUGACUGAUCCCGUCCGUGCCCAGACGGUAGAUACAGAAAUAACCAAGCAUUGUGCAUACAGCCUUCCAGGUGUGGCAUUGACUCUGGGCAGGCAGAACUGGCACUGUCUGAAAGACACGUAUGAGACCCUGGCAGCCGAUGUUCAGUGGAAGGUACGGCGAACACUGGCAUUUUCUAUCCAUGAACUAGCGGUUAUCCUUGGAGAUCAGCUUACGGCAGCUGACCUUGUCCCCAUUUUCAAUGCUUUCCUGAAAGAUCUGGAUGAAGUCCGCAUUGGUGUCCUCAAACACCUGUAUGACUUUUUAAAGUUACUGCAUAGCGAUAUGAGGCGGGAGUACCUCUAUCAGCUACAGGAAUUUCUGACUACAGACAACAUCAGGAAUUGGAGGUUCCGUUAUGAGUUGGCUGAACAGCUAAUUUUGAUCUUAGAGCUGUAUAACCCCAAAGAUGUGUAUGACUACUUGCGAAUCAUUGCACUGACCUUGUGCUCAGACAAAAUAUCCGAGGUGCGAUGGAUCUCUUUCAAACUGGUUGUAGCAAUAUUACACAAACUUUAUUCAAACGGCGAAAAUCAACUGGGUAUUAAUUUCAUUAACGAGCUCAUUCUCCAGUUCCGGCAUUCUUCCAAGUGGGUGGGACGCCAAGCAUUUGCUUUCAUCUGCCAGGCUGUGGUGCAGGAGGAGUGCAUCCCCGCAGAUCAGUUCGCUUCACACUUGUUACCCAACCUCCUCAGCCUGGCAUCGGACCCGGUGCCCAAUGUUAGAGUGUUGUUGGCAAAGGCUCUGAAGCAGACUCUGUUGGAGAAAGCGUACUUCACCAGCCUGGGUAACCCGUAUCUGGACGCUGUGGAGAAAACCGUGCUGACUAUGCAGCUGGACCGAGACCAGGAUGUACGUUUCUUCUCCAGCACUGAGCCAAAGCGGCACAUGACCUCCUCUCCAACAGAGCAGUCUGUGGACUGAUUUCCAAACCCAAACAUGUCUUCUCUAAAACCUUUCCCAAUUCCAGAAGAACUCCUACUGCUCACUCAUUAACAGCAUGGGAAUCACUAUAAGGAAAUGACAAUAUAUAUCUAGAACUGCUUUAUUUAAAAAAAAAAAAAAACAAUUAAGAAAACGCAGAAAAAAAUGUAAAAAACAUAGAAAAGCCACAAAAAACUAAUUGUAAUGCACGUAGCUUAUACGGUGGCUGAACAUGCGGCUCACUCUAUCUAUCCCUUGCUUGAUUACCUGUUCACUAACAACCGCAGGAAAAAGGGCUUAACCAGGAAAUGAUUAGUGCAAUCUGACGCUCUGUUUUUGUGUAAAUACGUGUGUAAGAUGACAGCCUGUAAAGAAUUACUUCUGUAUAUGUUUUUGAAUAUAUUUUAUAUAUUUUUUUUAUCAAAACCUGUGGAUGAGAAAAAAAAUGAUUAAAUGAUUUGGAUUUGACCCUUAA